GGCAUCAUUGUGGUGAUGAAUGUAUUUGAGACAUUUUUUUAUUUAUCUUUAUCACUUUCGUAACAUUAAACAAUUUGCUUUUCAUCUUAACGGUAUGCUAAUAUAAAUUCAAUGCUCCAUCUACUUUUAUUUCCACCAGAAACAACACACAUACUAAUUAGAAAUAUUUGGAAUGCAAUUAAAGAAAGCACUUCUUAAUAAAAUAGGCUAUCUCCAAUCCAUUUACAUUUUACGACCACUUAAUAAAAUUUCUACAAUGUCUCAAACAAUUAAAAUUUUCUAUAUAAAUAGGAGUGAUCUAUGAUGAAUGGUGCCAUUUGAGAGAAGAGUAGACAACUUACUUGCAUUUCUCAAAUGUUCGAGAAAAGUGUGCUUAAGAAAACUUUGUUUUUAUUGUUAUUGCUCUUGGGUACCAUAUUUCAGCCGAGUCAUGCUAAAGAGUUGGAUAAAUCGAGGUCACUUAGAAGAGAAGUACAAAGCUUGACAGCGAAAGCCAGAGAAGUUCGCGCUGACACUUCGUCAGAUGAAGAUUCUACCGAAAAAAUAUUCGACGGAAUUCGUUUCAAAUUAAAGAGCUUUGCUAGCAAUGUACGUUUAAGGACCCAGAAUACUAUCAAGUAUUUCGCAACAAAAACAUCUAUGAUGAAUUCCACAAUGCUUCAUCGAAAUGACACCGAUGGCUUGCUGAGACCACCAUUCAAGCGUUUAAGAACGCGUUUGCAAAAGCGCCGGAAAAGUAACAAAAACCAAGCUCUUGUGCUAAAUAUGGAGCCAGCAAAUACAACGGCUAUUUACGAACCAAUUAGAGUAAUGGACACAGGCUUAGCAAUUAUUGGCACGGUUAUGGAUUCAACGGCAAUAUUUGCCAAUAUAACCAAUUCGAAUAGUACAAUGCUCACAAGCACAAUUAAUAUGACAAAUAUUAGCAGAAAAUAAGUGGAUAAACAAGAGAAUUAAUAAA